AUGAAGAAUGCCGGCGGCGGCUGCGGCGGUUCAGUUUCGCCGAUCGCGGUGCUGUUUGCAGCGUCCAUGGCCGUCAUCGUCGUCUGGGGAUACUUCUCGGGCCCGGGUAACGGAUUCGGGUUUUUCUAUUCGGGUACAGCAGCAGAGCUCAAGGUUCCGGCGGUCGAGCUGGUCACCGCGGCCGCGCGCUCACGAGGUGAUGAGUCCAGAGCUGUAAUUUCCUCCGAUUUCUCGACCAGAUUCAAGCCGGCUGUCAGCAGUAUAGCAAGUAAUAGUAAAUUGGAGCACGGUUUAGCCACAUCAAGAGCAUUGAUUAGGAAAGCAGCUUCUACCAGAAACAAAUCAGUCAUCAUCCACAACAAUGAUGUUCUGUCCUCAGCAAUCUAUUGGAAUCCCGGUGCUUUUUAUCAGAGUUAUAAGGAAAUGGAAAAAAGAUUCAAGGUGUACGUGUAUCAAGAAGGGGAGCUACCAAUAGUACACGACGGGCCAUGCAAAGACAUUUACACCAGCGAAGGACGGUUCAUAAACGAGAUCGAGAGUGGAAACAACAGGUUCAGGACAAACGACCCAAAAACAGCCCACGUCUACUUCAUGCCCUUCAGUGUAACAUGGAUGGUCAGAUACCUUUACAAGCCCAACACCUACAAUCUUGACCCGCUCAGACUGUUUAUAUCCGAUUACGUGAAACUUGUCUCCACCAAACACCCUUUCUGGAACCGGACUCAGGGAGCCGACCAUUUCAUGCUCUCUUGCCACGACUGGGCACCUCAAGCCUCACGAGGAGAUGCAUUUCUGUACAAUACGUCAAUCCGUGUCAUGUGCAAUGCAAAUUCGUCUGAAGGAUUCAGACCUGAAAAGGAUGUGAGCCUGCCGGAAAUCCACCUCUAUGGCGGCACUGUAAACCCGAGGCUGAUUUCCCCACCGCCCGCCAAUGCCUCCCGGCCCUAUCUCGCCUUCUUUGCCGGUGGCCUUCAUGGCGUCAUUCGGCCGGUCCUCCUCAAGCACUGGAAAAACAAAGAUCCCGACAUGCAUGUUUAUGAGUAUCUUCCCAAAAACAUAGACUACUAUGAAUCCCUUUUACGAUCCAAGUUUUGCUUGUGCCCGAGUGGUUAUGAAGUGGCUAGCCCCAGAAUUGUGGAGUCGAUUUAUGCCGAAUGUGUCCCUGUUUUAUUAUCCGAUUACUAUGUGCUUCCGUUUAGUGAUGUUUUGAGGUGGGAUUCAUUCUCCAUAAAAGUGAAUGUUUCGGAUAUCCCACGGCUGAAGGAGAUAUUACUGGCCGUGACGGAGGAUGAGUAUCUGAGGCUGAAGGAAGGCUUGAGGGCCGUGAGGAGGCAUUUUGUUUUGAACCGGCCCGUGAAGAGAUUCGACAUGUUUCAUAUGAUCUUGCACUCUGUAUGGCUUAGACGAUUAAAUUUAAGGGUCCGUUAA